UAAGUACUUAACCUGAGGUACCACUGUAUAUAAAGAUUAAAAAAUCACAAGUAAAAAGAGAGAGAACUCUUCCCCUCACCAAAAAAUAAAAAAGAAAGAUAAAUGAUUCCGUCCAUGUUAAUUUUUCUGAGAGGAUGGACAGACUGGAGAUGGGAUCAGUGGAUGUAAAAAAAGCGGGAAGAAGCUGGACCUGAAAACAGCUUUAAAAUUCCCCAGGUCAGUGGCUGCUGAGGGGUCUCCAAUUGUCCCAUGAGAAUGAGCAUCGUAGUGGAGGGUUGGGCUGUGAUGCUCCUUGGAGGCUGAACAUUGUGCCCUGAAGCUGGAAAGAUUUAAAAAUGAAUUUCCAUAUCAAAGACUUAAAUCCACUUAAAUCCACUUCUCAAAGGCAGCAGAGAUCCUGAGUCACCCUGCUUGGGUGGGGCAAGCAAUAUGCCAGAUCUCCUUUCUAACUCCACAUCUGCAGUGCAAGGAAAUUUUGAGUCACCCCCUGGAAAGGAAAUGGAAACACAUCCAUUCGCGCGCGAAAAGCAAAGAAAAGUGAUCCAAGCUCUCUCUUCCUGGUGAGGCAGCAGCCAUGGCUGCUUCUGGAGGUCCCGUGCAGGAUCUCUGCGAGGAAGCCACUUGCCCCAUCUGCCUGGAGUAUUUCAGGGAUCCGGUGAUCAUCCCGGAGUGCGGGCACAACUUCUGCCGAGCCUGCCUGAUCCAGUGCUGGGGGGAAUCCGAGGGAGAGGCUUCCUGCCCUCAUUGCAGAGAAAUCAUUCAGCACAGGAACCUCAUCCCCAAUCGGCCGCUGAAAAAUGUUGUGGAAAUACUAGUAGCCGAGAAAGUCUCCCUUCCAGGGGAAAAGGGGGCAGAAGGAAAAGGAAAGGUCUGCGAGAAGCACCAGGAGCCCCUGAAGCUCUUCUGCAAGGAGGAGGAAAGCCCCAUCUGUGUGGUGUGUGACAGAUCCAAGGAGCACAAGAAACAUGAGGUGAUUCCUCUGGAAGAGGCGUCCCAGGAGUACAAGGUAGGAAAAUGCAGUGGGUCUCGAUUUGGGGUGCAGUGGGGAGACAUAGGUGUGCACAAGGGAGACUUGAAACAAAAUGUUUUACUACACACACACACACGCCAGACAAGAGAAAAUCUCCAGUAAGAGAUCCUGGGCUGCUUCACAGGGGCCAAAUUCUGGGAUGCCGAAGGGUGACCCAAGCAUACUACAGUGGUACCUCGGGUUAAGUAAUUAAUUCAUUCCGGAGGUCCGUACUUAACCUGAAACUGUUCUUAACCUGAAGCACCACUUUAGCUAAUGGGGCCUCCUGCUGCUGCUGCGCCAUCGCUGCACGAUUUCUGUUCUCAUCCUGAAGCAAAGUUCUUAACCUGCGGCACUAUUUCUAGGUUAGCGGAGUCUGUAACCUGAAGCGUACGUAACCUGAAGCGUAUGUAACCCGAGGUACCACUGUAUUUAACUUGCCUAUUAUCGGUAUACUAAAACGUUUGUUUUUAAAGAAAGGAACCAAACUGUUUUCUCUUCAGGAUCAACUCUGCAGCUGGAUAGAAAUUCUGAAGAAGGAGACGUGGGAAACUCUGGCAGUUAAAGCAGACUUUGAGAAGGAAAGCCAAGACCUGCUUGUAAGUGUUGCUCUUCCCGGGGUGUGGAAAAGUGCCAUAUAUUUCAGAAUCGCUGUCUGAAAUCCAGAAAGGGGUGUAUGUGUGUGAGAGAGAGGGGGGUGUUAUCUAAUGCACCCCCUUACUAUUUAUAAUGGCCUGAUUGCCCAAAGAACAUGAAAUAGCAUGGGGUGAGGGGUGAUUGUAAGCUUGCUUCUGAAUAUUGGUGCGAAUGUCAGAUGUGCCCUUCCAAAGGAAUUCUCAAAACCGAUCGCUUGAGUCUGCAAAGCCUCACUCUUGGUUCCUGAGACUCACCCGCGGUUCUCACCUUUUCACUUUACAGUGGUACCUCGGGUUAAGAACUUAAUUCGUUCUGGAGGUCCGUUCGUAACCUGAAACUGUUCUUAACCUGAGGUACCACUUUAGCUAAUGGGGCCUCCCGCUGUCACCGCGUGUUUUCUGUUCUCAUCCUGAGGUAAAGUUCUUAACCCGAGGUACUAUUUCUGGGUUAGCGGAGUCUGUAACCUGUAACCUGAAGCGUCUGUAACCCGAGGUACCACUGUAUUUGCUGCAGAAACGAACAGAAGCAGAGAGGGAAAAGAUGGUGGCUGAGUUCCGACGGCUACGACAGUUUCUGGAAGCACUAGAGAAAAAUCUCCUGGCCCGGAUGGCAGAGGUGGAGAAGGAGAUUGCCAGGAAAAGCGAGGAGCACCUGGCCAGGCUCUCAGAGAAGCUCUCCUCUCUUGAAAACCGCAUCAAGGUGAUGCAGGAGAAGUUUCAGCAGCCAGCCAGCCAACUCCUGCAGGUAAAGUCUGGUUCUGAAGUGAUAGAGUGGAGUGUACCAAUUCACAUUACAAACAGGGAGAUGCCAUUUUUGAAAUCUCCCCCACCCACAUAAAGCCAAUCAGGGGAGGAAGCCUGAACUGGUACACAUUAUCCUAGCCUUCAACACUUUCCAGCCUGAAACUCACUUUUAAACCAAACAUGCAUUUUUUUAAAAAAAACAACAAAACCUGCCCCUGCAUAAAUGGCUGUACUUUGCCAUUUGAUUCACUUAUCUUACGAUUAUCGAUGUGUGUGUGUUUAAUGGGGAAGGUUUGGUUUUGCACUUGGCCUAUAUAUAUAUAUAUCUAUAUAUAUAUAUAUAUAUCUGCUUCAGUUGUUGAGCGUUUGAAAUAGACCCACUCCAUGUUACACAGGGAAAUGUCUUCACUGAAUCUCCCUUUUUAUUUCCCUCUAGGAUAUCAGAAGCUUCUUACAGAGGUAAGCACAAAGAUCACCUAGGAUCACUGCCGGGGAGCAGACCCAACUCAGGCGUAGGAAACUAUAGGAAUAUGUUAAGGAGGAGAGUGAAACAACAGUGACCUUACUAUAUAGUGGUCAUGGGAGAUUUCAACUUCCCCCAUAUCUGUCGGAACUCAAACGCUGCCAAGAAAUUAAGGUCCCCCAAAUUCCUCCAUUGUCUUGCUGACAAUUUCGUUGUCCUCACCAGCAAGGAGGAACUGAUCUGUUCUGUGAUGCUAGGAUUCUAAUUAAGAUUCCACACCUACAUAGAACUGCAGAGUUGAAAGGGACCCUGAGGGUCACCCAGUCCAGCCCCUGCAAUGCAGAAAUCUCAACUAACUCAUAUAGUACAUAUAGGCCAUCCAACCUCUGCUUAAAAAUCUCCAAGGAGGGAGAGUCCACCACCUCCUGAGGGAGUCUGUUCUGCUGUUGUGCAGCUCUUACUGCCAGAAAGUUCUUCCUUAGUUGGAAACUCCUUUCUUGUAAUUUGAAGCCAGUGUGGUGUGGGAGCCAGUGUGGUGUAGUGGUUAAGAGCGGUAGACUCGUAAUCUGGGGAACCGGGUUUGCUUCCCCGCUCCUCCACAUGCAGCUGCUGGGUGACCUUGGGCCAGUCACACUUCUCUGAAGUCUCUCAGCCUCACUCACCUCACAGAGUGUUUGUUGUGGGAGAAGAAGGGAAAGGAGAAUGUUAGUCACUUUAAGACUCCUUAGGUAAAGGUAAAGGGACCUCUGACCAUUAGGUCCAGUCGUGACCGACUCUGGGGUUGCGGCGCUCAUCUCGCUUUAUUGGCCAAGGGGGCCAGCAUACAGCUUCUGGGUCAUGUGGCCAGCAUGACUAAGCCGCUUCUGGCGAACCAGAGCAGCGCAUGGAAACGCCGUUUACCUUCCCGCCGGAGCGGUACCUAUUUAUCUACUUGAACUUUGACGUGCUUUUGAACUGCUAGGUUGGCAGGAGCAGGGACCGAGCAACGGGAGCUCACCCGUUGCGGGAAUUCGAACCGCUGACCUUCUGAUCGGCAAGUCCUAGGCUCUGUGGUUUAACCCACAGCGGCACCCACAUCCCUUUGAGACUCCUUAGGGUAGUGAUAAAGCGGGAUAUCAAAUCCAAACUCCUCCUCCUCCUCCUCCUCCUCUUCUUCUUCUUCUUGUCUUACCCUCCAGAGCAGGAGGAAACAAGUUUCCUCCAUCUUCCAUGUGUCAGCCCUUUAGAUAUUUGAAGAUAUCCUCUCAGUCUCAUCUUUACCGGGUUAAACAUGCCCAACUCCUGCGACCGUUCCUCAUAAGGCACGUGGCUUUACAGAGAGCUACUCUUCAUUGGAAGGAUGGUGGGUUGAUGAUGAUCUUCUCCCCCAGGUCUCGGGCAAAGCAGAACUUGCAGGAUCCUCCUGUGGCUUUUCCUCCUGCCCUGAAGUGGAGGAUCUGGGACUUCUGCGAUAUAAACCCCUUCCUGGAGGGUGUUAUGAAAAAAUUCACAGGUAAUGAAAAAGAGCUGCAAGGUUCAUGUUAAAAAUUGUGCACGAAUGCUUCGAGGUCAUUUGCAAUGUGAGCAAGGCUGGGAAAUAGAAUAAUUAGGCAAUGAAAAGGCAAAAAUAUUGAACUGCAGAAAGGGCUCGGCUCAAACAUAGUCUGGACAACUGCAUCCUGCUCAUUUGUAGAUGCUAUGGACUUCAGCAUCCAGCCUUGUUAAACAGUGGGAUGGGGGAAUGAUUUCACAUCGUCCCAACUCUGGGUCCCUCUAGCUCAAUAUUGUCUACAGUGAUGCUCUCCAGGAGUUCAGGCAAGAGGCGUUUCCAUCCCUCCCUGGAUAGGCCAGGGACUGACCCUGGAACCUGGAAUGGCUGAAGAUAAGGCCAUCCUCCAAUGGCAGCAGGCCUUAACUCCCCACUCAAAAACCUGGGAAUUCAAUCCACCCUCUCUGUCUGGGGAGCUGAAUUUGCAGCCAAAAAAGGGGACAGCUGAGACUCGUUCUCCACUUCCCAGGAUCAGGAAGCUUCAGCUGAGAUUUGGCAGCUCCUCAAGGUUUCUGGGGAGAUCUAUGAGUGGGGGUCCCUGUUCUUCCAAGCAGACAUAAGCUUGUUGGUCCAGGCACCGCCCCUGCCCUGACGUAUGCAGGGAGAAUCAACAUGGUGGCUUGCCAAUGUUUUUGCCCACAACUCCCAUCAUCCCCAGCCAGCAUGGUCCGUUCCUAGGAAUGAUGGGACUUGCAGUCCAUAACAUCUGGAGGGCACCAUGUUGGCCACCCCGAGCUAUAAUGCUGUGAGCUCGUUGAAUUGUAGGGGACCUUUUGCCAAAUGCAAAAGGGUUCAUUCUUAAUGGAUAUUUGAAGUAACGACAAACCACUGGUGGAGCAGAAAGUCUGGAUUUAUUGAGCAAAAAUAGGACUUUAGACCCACAUACAAAAAUGCAAAUCCUCACCCAAGGUCAAAAAGGCAGGCAAUCAACAAUCUGUUAACACAGAGGAGCUAAACAGCCAACAAACAGCCACAUCUCCCUCUUUACAAGGGCACAGUACUAGGCUACCGGUAGAAUCCCUCCUUCCAGCUGUAGGGAGGCCCAAGGACGAGCUUAGGUCAGUAUUGAAUGAAAGGUUAAUUGCACAAGGCCAGCUCCAGCUCCUAAAUCACAAUUCUUCCGCAUUUCCACUAAAGGGUCAUCUAGUCCAACCCCUUGCAAAGCAGGAAUUUUUUGCCCAACAUGGGUCUUGAACCCGUGACCUUGAGAUUAAGAGUCUCGCGCUCUACUGAUGGAGCUACCAAGGCUCAUGUUAUCAUUACCAGAUUUCUGACCAGGAAUGGUGGUGUGGCACUGAGUCUAUGUUCCCCUUUCCUUCUCCAGAAUCUCUGCGGUCAGGACUUCAGCUGAGAAAAGGUAAAUUUCCAAGUCUGUUUGGGGUGAAGAGCUCCAAGAGGUCUCCUUGAGAAGGGGGUCAUUGGAGACGCAUUUCACGUUCUCAUAUCUGUGUCCGUUCACCAAUAAAGACUGGCAGAACAUAGGUGGUGGCAGCAAACAGCUUAAACGAUCCAGCAGGUGGAUCCACUGCCCCACAUCAGAGAGAUCUCUCCCCAUUUGCUUUAAGCUCAAAGAACCCAAAUUCUGUUGUGUGUCCUCUUCUGCCUGUGACUCACUCAGCUAUGUGUUUUUCUUCAUGCACAGACAAUAAGAUUAUAUCCUCCUUAGCCAUGAGUCCAGACAUGUUCCCUUUCAAGACCUCUCAGAUGUUUCUUUGUUAUUUUGUCAGGGAUGUUUUUAACCAAAAAAGGAAGGCGACAACUCUGCUGGGGCUGGAGCUCCAUUAACUCCUCCUAAUCUAACUCCUAAUGGGAUGUGGGUGGCACUGUGAGUUAAACCACAGAGCUUAGGACUUGCCAAUCAGAAGGUCGGCGGUUCGAAUCCCCGCGACGGGGUGAGCUCCCAUUGCUCGGUCCCAGCUCCUGCCAGUUCGAAAGCACGUCAAAGUGCAAGUAGAUAAACAGGCGGGAAGGUAAACGGCGUUUCCGUGCGGUGCUCUGGUUCGUCAGAAGCGGUUUAUUCAUGCUGGCCACAUGACCCGGAAGUUGUACGCCGGCUCCCUGAGCCAAUAAAGCGAGAUGAGUGCCGCAACCCCAGAGUCGGCCACAACUGGACCUAAUGGUCAGGGGUCUCUUUACCUUUACCAUUAACUCCUAAUCUCAUAAAAUGAGGGAGGCAGUGCAGGAUGUGGAGACAGAAACCUGGUCUUGUCCUGGACAUUUUAUCCUGGACAUUUUAGGAGCAGGUGGGUAGUAGUGUAGCAGGGCUGGGUGAUAUAUCAAUAUAUUGUCCAAAACUGGUUUGAAAUCCAUAUUGUGCUAAUCGGUUUUGUAAUUUUUGACCUGGUAAUAUAUCACGAAUCACGAUGUGUGUAUGUGUGUUAUGCAAAAAACACAGGGAAGGAAAAGCCGGGAAGCCAGCCAAUGCUUCUUUCACUUCCGGCUGCCUCUGUUAACUCUGCCAGCUCAAACACUCCUUUGCCUCAUGUAGGGGGCAGCGAAUCUCAAGAGUGGGUGCCAGCAAAAAUCGCGAUGUGGGAAAAACCGUGAAGCCAGCUCAAGCUCCAUCCUUAUUUCAGACAUUGUGAUAUAUCAGUAUAUUGCAAUGUUUAGCUGGUGAUAUAUCGUGACCUUGAAAACCAGGUACAGUGGUACCUUGCUUCUCAAACUUAAUCCGUUCCAGAGGUCCAUUCCAAAACCAAGGCGCGCUUUCUCAUAGAAAGUAAUGCAAAAUGGAUUCAUCCGUUCCAGACAGAACAACCGCUAAAACAGCAAUUUAACAUGAAUUAUACUCUCUAACAAGACCAUUGAUCCAUAAAAUGAAAGCAAUAAUCAAUGUACUGUACAAUAAAAUAAAAAAGACAGUAUUGUAGAUAAUAAAAUAUAUAUAUAUAUCUUACCUGCACUGAUGAUAGUAAUUGUUUGGAUGGGGGGCUUUUUAAAAUCCAUUUCUGCAGUCACACAAUCAAUCAAUCAGUAGCUGAACUGUGUUCCGCACAGUCACAAGAACAAAUUAACCAAAAAAAGCCUUUAAAAAAAAAACCAACGCAAAAUAAAUAGCAAAAACAAAAGCGCCAAACUUAAUCCAUUCCGGAAGUUCGUUUGACUUCUGAAAUGUUCAAAAACCAAGGCGCAGCUUCUGGUUGGUGCACAGGGCCAUCUUAAGCAUAUCCGGCACUGUGGUGCAAAGAUUCCCCCCCCCAAAGUUGUUGACCUUUUUCAGGGGGGAACCCCAAAGUUGUUGACCUUUUUUUAGGGGGCUGACACCACACAUACACAUUAUUAUCUCUGCUUGGGAAAAGAAAACAGGAAACCUAAACAAAGAACCAGUAAACAGUUAGGAUGCAGCUUAACUGCGUAUCAGAAAGGCACCCAGCCAAUUUGGUUGCCAGUAAAUAUUCCUGCAGGCAUUUCUGAGAUCAUGGUCUUUCCAACAAGUGGCUUUGUUAAUUGUCUUACUUUAAAUGUUGUGAUGAUCCUAUGCCCUUUUAAAAUGUGGUUUUGGGGAGUGAGGGGGUUAUUAGGGUUGUUGUUCUUAUUUUGAUUAUGUAUUUUGUGGUUUUAUAUUUUGAUUUUAUCGCCCAGCCCUACAGUGCAGCUGCCCCCAGGAGCCUGCUGGCCUGAGUCAACUGCCUCACCAUGCCUCUUGGGUGGGCCGGCAUUGAAGUCUUGUUGACAAAAUAAGGAAGCGCUUUCCUCUGCCAUAUGUUUAGACUUAAUCCAAUCUCCCGGCUGACGUUGCUGGUCUUCUCUUUCCUCCCCUGACCCCCCCCCCCCUCUGCAGAAAACGUAACUUUGGAUCCAGGCACAGCCCAUUCCCUGCUCAUUCUGUCUGCAGAUCUUAAGAGUGUGAGGAAGGGAGAAAGGCAUCAAGACAUACUAAACAACCCAAAGAGAUUCGACUACCAAUACUACGUGCUGGGACAUGAGGCGUUCAGGGAAGGCAGACAUUUCUGGGAAGUGGCUGUGGGGAGCGAGGGGGAAUGGGCAGUGGGGGUGGCCAGAGAGUCUGUGAAGAGGAAAGGCGAGUUCAUCCCGGGUCCUAAGGAAGGUUUCUGGCGCAUAGGGAAGUGGAGUGAUCAAUACAGGGUCUCCACCCGCAAUGGACACCCUGUUUCAAUUCUGGGUGGGGAGCCCAAGAGGAUCCGAGUGGCCCUGAACUGUGAAGGGGGACGGGUGUCCUUUUACAAUGCAGAUACAGCAGCCCUUCUCCACUCAUUCUCAGAAGCCUCUUUCUCUGGAGAGACCCUCCAGCCCUUCUUUUACGUGAGCAAGAAAGGCAUACUGAAACUCUCUGCCUAAGGGUGGAGACAGAUGGGCAUAAACUCACUGCAUUGAUAAACCUUUCUCCCUGGCAGUGGGCAGGCUUUGGCAACCUUUAGUAACCUGGUGCCCUAAGCAAGGUCAAAAUCUGCCAACCCCAAAUGGUUUUUCUCAGUCGCAGGCAUUCUCAAUUUUGCGCCCCCUUCAGCUCAGUGUCCUGUUCAGGGGAACCACCCACACCACCCUAAAUGCAGGAUCAAACCCACAAGGUUACUUCCGCCCUGAGGAGCCAUAGGUUGCUGCAGAAUGAUUGGCUGGCCCAUGUGGCAUUCACGAUGCCACGCCUCCUUUUCAGCCCAGUUCUGUACAAGGGGUGCUACCCAACUGAGCAGACCCUUUGCAUUGUUUGACAAACUCGGCCAUGUUUAUUAACUUUGAAGGGUAUACUCUGAAUAGGACUAGCUUUGGGCACCACCCACAGCAAUGAUUUUGGCUGGCUCUUGGGUCAAUCCAGAAGACUGUCAAAAGCAUUUUAGUGCCAACUUCUCCUAAUAAACACAUGCCUGUAUGCAGUUUUGACCAAUGUGCACAUUCCCCACCACCACCAAUAUAUUUCUCCUACCAUAAUGCAUCUUUGUAUGUUAUUUUCACAACAAUAUUCAUUUUCACGCUGCCAGUUUUUUGAGCACUUUCACCCAAUAAACGUAUUAUUGUGAGCAUAGGUUUGGCUUGGGAAAUGGCAUUGCAAUAUUUGGAUAAAUGCACAUUUCAAUGGAUAGCUAUGUUAUAGGUUGUCAGGUUGCUAUUGGAAUGUGUGGAUCAGAGUGAUUCAGUUUUCAGUAUGUUCUUUGUUAAUUAUUUUUUAAAACACAUUUUUAUUUUUAUUAAAGAUUUGUU